GAACUAUAUCUUUUAGUGUAUGAUGACCGUACGUUACCAUCAUAACGCUGUGUUACGAAACGUACAAAAUGUUACGUUACGGUUACGGUUAGUGUAGUAGAAGGUGUAUGUGGCCAGCAUAAGAGAAAGAUGGCUCCAAGAUAUGAAUUAGCUGUUGGCCUCAACAGAGGCCAUAAAACUACUACCAUCAGAGUGGCAAAAAGCAAAACAGAGAAAGAAAAAACUGUAAUUCUUCGACCAUCUAGAUUAAAGGGGAGGCAAACAAAGCAUAGCAAAUUUGUAAGAGACUUAAUACGUGAAGUAACCGGACAUGCUCCAUAUGAAAAGCGCGCAAUGGAAUUGUUGAAAGUAUCGAAAGAUAAACGUGCUUUAAAGUUUCUGAAAAGAAGAUUGGGUACACAUAUCCGAGCAAAAAGGAAGCGUGAAGAACUUGGAAAUAUUCUUGUACAAAUGAGAAAAGCACAUCAUUAAUUUUCUUAAAUUAAUGUAUCUCGUAUGAAUAUUAUUAAAAUAUAUUCAUAAAAAAGAAAUCCUUAA